AGGCGGAGUGGGUCGCUCCGAGGCGGGUUAGAGCCUCCGGACGUGCCCUGCCUGUGUCCUUCUGAAUAGAGUUUCUCUUAAGGGACAGUCUCGGUCUCACUGGUGAGACAAGUAAUCUGUUCCUAUCAAGUCCGAUUCCGUCCUCUCACCCCCGCUGGGAACCCGUCGAUCUAAAGCGGCAGAUGGUCUAGUCCAGCGCUGACCCAGGUCUGCUGGUGCGGCGGCGAUGUUUGCGGAAUGAAGUGAGAUCGGGCACGCAUGCGCAGAGGGGCAGCAUGGGUGCGGAAACCAACGAGCCCCUUCUUUGUGCCUGAAGAUCAUUGCUAGGAAACACUCUGGGUAUAAUAAUGAGCACAGUGUACCUGAUGAUGGCUCAAAUCUUAAGAUCUCAUCUGAUAAAUGCUUCAAUGACUCCUAACCGAAUGAAAAUGUUUCCAUACCUUGGUGCCGUUAGGAAUAGAAUGAUGUCAACUCAUAAAUCCAAAAAGAAAAUCAGAGAAUAUUAUAGGCUGCUGAAUCUUGAUGAAGGAUGUUCUGCGGAUGACGUCAGAGAAUCAUUUCGUAAUCUGGCCAAGCAAUACCAUCCAGAUAGUGGCUCUAGUGUAGCUGAUUCUACGACGUUUGUAAGGGUUGAAGAAGCUUAUAGGAAGGUGCUUUCCCAUGUGAUAGAACAAUCAAAUGCCAGACAGAAUAAAGUUGAAGAAGAGGAGGAAGAAGACAAAUUCAAAUAUAAAACACCCCAACAUCGGCAUUAUUUAAGUUUUGAAGGUAUUGGUUUUGGGCCUCCGAGUCAACGAGAGAAGCAAUAUAACCAAUUUAGAGCAGACCGUGCGACCGAGCAAGUGAUGGAAUAUCAAAAGCAGAAACUACACAGCCAGUAUUUUGCUAAUAGCAUAAUUGCUAAAGAUGUGAGACAGAGUAAAAACCAAAAGAUAACUCAAGCAAUGGAGCGUUUAGUGGAGGAUCUUAUUCAGGAGUCGAUGGCAAAGGGAGACUUUGACAAUCUCAGCGGGAAAGGAAAACCUCUAAAAAAAUUUUCUGGUUGUUCAUAUAUUGAUCCUAUGACUCACAACCUGAACAGGAUAUUGAUAGAUAAUGGCUACCAACCAGAAUGGAUCCUAAUGCAAAAGGAAAUAAAGGAGACUGUUGAGCAACUGAGAGAGGAAAUUUUAGUGUCGAGGAAAAAACUUGGGAAUCCAAUGACACCAAAUGAACAGAAGCAGUGGAACCAAGUCUGUGAGCAGUUUCAGGAGAACAUAAAAAACCUAAACAAGCGAAUUAAUGAUUUUAAUUUAAUUGUUCUUCUCCUGACCAGGCAAAAAGUCCAUUUUGAUGCACAGAAAGAAAUUGUCAGGGCCCAGAAAAUAUAUGAGACCCUUAUAAAAGAAGAAGUCACUGAUAAAAAUCCAAAUAAUAUUGGUCAUGCAGAAGGGAAGGAGACACCUGAAAUCAAGACAUCCUUUUUAAAAUUGACAAAUCUGUGGAGAUUUAUUAAAAUAUAACCAUUUCAAUGCUCACAAUCACAAAACUGCCUCCAUUCUCAGUUGCACUGACAUCAAACAUAGAGGAUGAGAUCUAUUGCUAUAACACAAGAAUUUGAGAACUUUUUCCUUCUGUACUUUUCACCAAACUCAUCACAUCCCCUGUGAUGUUUAUGUGAGAAAGCUGUAAAUAACGAAGUCAGAGAACUUUUCAACCAGCUUUACUCUGAGGAUAUAGCAAGCAAAGAAUAGAAAUGACUUUUUUUUUAAAUUCAGUUUUAUUGAAACAUAUUCACAUACCAUACAAUCAUCCAUGGUAUACAAUCACAGUACGAUCAUAUAGUUAUGCAUUCAUCACCACAAUCUAAGAAAUGACUUUUAAAGAAAACAAUUUAAUCCAUUUCAGAGUUUAAAUGUUAGUUGUCAGGUGAAAUGUGCUAGGAUGAGUACUCAAGAUCUUGAGAACUACACAAGCCAACCUAAAAGUUUUGACGGCAGUUUAAGCUCUAAUGACUUUAAAACAAUUACUGUCUGCUGUCUUCAAACACAGGUACUUAAACAAACUAAAUAUUUGUUAUUCAAAAGUCACAAAACUAACGAAGUAAGUGAAAUUUAAACAGCUAACCUUCCAAACGAUGUGAUUUUACAGCAUUUAUGCUUCUGAGGUUAUUAAAGCUUGAAGCUGUUCUAAUACUUUUGGGACACCCUUGAUACGGAUGGAAAUGCUAAGAUACGGAAAUAAGUCCAAUGGAGUUACUGCACUUUUUUUUUUCUUUUAUAAAGGGCUUCUUCUGUGGGUACUGAAUGAAAAAAUAGCCGCAUGAAACGUCUUCCUCUCUCACUUCAUGAUUCAUUGGCUGCAGAAAUGUAUCAGCCAAGCUAGUUGAUUUUGCUAUUCUAAAAGUAGACUCCAGUGUCCACUUUUCAAGAGUUUGAAUGCGUUUUGUGACUUUUCAGAGGUGAGGAAAAAAAAUCCUGGGCUCAAUAAAAAUGUAAGAUUUCACUUCUAGCUUCAUCUCUAAUCAGAUAUUGAAAUUUUAGGUUUUCAUAAAUCUGUCUUAAGCCUCCCUGUCAGGCUCCUAGAAGCUUUUAUCGGGUAUGUGAAAAUCCUUAUAUCCUGUUUUAGGGACUUAAUUUCCUGUUUUAGGGACUUUUAAUAUACAAAGACAAGAUGUCUUGAUUUGUGCCAAUUUACAUUCUGGGCAAAAGCAAAAGAUCGACAUUCAUGAAAUUGUCUCCCAUUCACUUUCAGAAAAUCUGUGUAUUAGGGGUUUAGAUAACUGCUUUUGGCAUAAAAGUUCGGCAAUCAGAAGGAUGCAAAAGUUUGUUGAAAGAACAGGUUUUCUUCCCCAUUGAGUCUAGAGCACUGUAAUAUAUAGACGCGUGGCACAUGUCACUCUGAUUUUGGAAGAACAAGCUAUUUUGAAAUGCAUGUGACAGUAAAACAACAAAUAAAGCUAUGUCUUCAAAAGGAUGUAGCUUAGAUGGAUUUUAAUUGUUAUAACAUUAUUUUAUUGAGUGAGUUGUCGUUCGGCUUCUACAAGGAUAGUAUUACUCUAAACAAAAUUCUGAACUGUAUGAAAUAUAGCUUUACAAUAAGAGCUGUAGUUCCAAACCUUUUUAGAAGGAUGUGAUUCUGUGAAUCUUGUCAAAAAAUAGGAAUUCAAUGUAGGAUACCUAAUUGCAUUGCAGCAACAUAUGUGAGUGAGACUUUUUUCAAUAUUGGUUCAUGGGAAGGUAAGGGUACUGGUAAAUUCCGAUAAAUUCUUCAUUUCAGCACAGGGCACUUUGUGUUUGUAAAUGUUGUCUAUAUUAAUAAAGUUAUUUUAAUGAUUA